AUGGCAGUCCUGGAGACAUACAAUGGGUAUCCGCUGUGGAGGUAUAUCCCUUCAUUACCGCCAGCAAUUGUUUUCGUCGCCCUCUUUACCAUUUUGACGGUCGCCCAUGGAUGGAAGAUGAUACGCCAUUCCAUGUGGUUCUGUAUCCCCUUUUUCGUUGGUGGCUUCUUCGAGAUCGUUGGCUAUGUAGGCCGAGCCGUGGCUCACAAUGCCACUGGAGAAUUAAUCCCAUACGUUCUCCAGUCGACUUUCCUGCUCUUGGCACCGAUUCUGUUUGCCGCCUCUCUUUAUAUGACAUUGAGCAGAGUAAUUCGGGCGGUUGAUGGCGUCCAUUGCUCCAUCAUUGCUCCCCGGUGGCUGACAGUCAUCUUUGUCACGGGCGAUUGCAUUAGCUUCAUCGUCCAGGCCUCCGGCGCGGGAUUACGAAUCAUGGCUGGGCAGGGGAAACGCAAUAUCAAUCCUCACCUGGGUUCUUGGAUCAUCGUGGGUGGCUUGGUCUUCCAGAUCAUUGUAUUUGGAGUCUUCAUCUUCACCGGCUUACGCUUCAACUUGCUGUUUAAAAACGAUCCUGCGGCGAUACGUACCGGAAGAAUGCCGUGGCAAGGCAUUAUGUACAUGUUGUUCAUGACUUCGGCUGCCGUUAUGAUGCGAAACAUCUUUCGUGUGGUUGAGUACGCGAUGGGCCCUGAUGGGUUUCUUUUCACCAUUGAAUGGGGCGUCUAUGCUUUUGAUGCAUCGCUGAUGACAAUAACGAUGGCCCUUUUCUGGCUGUGGUACCCUUCUCAACUGAAGCCUUUCACAAAUAAUGGCAGCUUUGAGAUGGGAACCAGCCCAGGCGUGAGCCGUGUAGCAAACACAAAGCCCGCGGACGCAGGCACAGACGGAUCUAAUUGA